AUGUAUGCAACAGCCACCGCCACGCAAAGCCCAUCGAGCGGGCUCGACAUUGCUGCGUACGCCGUGCACCGUCCCUACACCCAGGGUGAGUUGCCGCCAGCAUGGUUGAUCGGGCACCGGCCCAUCGUCUCCGCGCCGACGGGUGGCCAUCGGUAUUCGGCGGUCGUCCCGUAUGUCGGUCCAGGCUCAGGGAUGCGCGCCGAUCCGCUCGCGUUGUGGUGCGGACCCUCUCCCGUGACCCGCCUCGAUUCAACUUCGGCUGGGGUCCUUUUGCGGACUGCCAUCGAAUCCCUCGCCGUCCGCGCAUUCCCUCAGACCGGACCUCCCCGCGAGGACCCAUACUCGACGCCGGCGUGUGGGGUCACGAGCGACGCGCUACCGCCGCGUACGAGUCGCCGGCACGACGUGUCCGCAGGGCACGCGACGAGCUCGGGUGGCUCGCGAGAGCCCGUGGACGGGUACAUACCCAACGAGCGACGUGUCACAUCCAACGGGGACGACCGGGUCAUUACGACUCGGGUGAGCGGGCGAGAGUAUGCGGGUGUCUCUGAAGGGGGAUGCGGUGGAGGGAUGGAGAAAGCCACGACGGCGACUCGCAGCAUAUAUACCACCCACACUCGACAAACCCCGAACCCCGACCCCAGACGACGGCAGCGGAAUGGAAUGCAACGCGAUUGCCGGAAACGCCCCCGUCUUCCUUCCCUCCCUCCCUCCCUGCUCGCCAUCGAGCGGCUGGAAAAUUGCGCCGCGCGGGGACCUGGAAGCGGUUACGAGAGGCUGGGAGAUGGGGAAUCCAGGCGUUGGCGGACUCGGGGAAGCGCGCGUGCGCGCGCGUGCUUCUCCGCGCCUGUCAACCGCGGGACGCACGGGGCGACAGACUCUGACUCGCCAUUCGGCGGCUUGACUGUCUAG